CGGCGGCGGGGGCGCUCAAACACUACAGAGCGUCGGAGAGCCGCACCCCGCAGCCGCUGGGGGCAGGAAGGGGAGGGGGCGCUGCGUCAGAGGACACUUCCGGCCGCGCGAGGCCUUCCGGCGCGGAGGUCACCAUGGCGGCGUCUUUGGCUCGGCUCGGCCUCCGGUCGGUGAAGCAGGUUCGAAUUCAGUUCUGCCCCUUCGAGAAGAAUGUGGAGUCCACGAGGACCUUCCUCCAGGCGGUGAGCAGCGAGAAGGUCCGUUCCACCAACCUCAACUGCUCGGUGAUUGCGGACGUGAGGCACGACGGCUCCGAGCCCUGCGUGGACGUGCUGUUCGGAGACGGGCAUCGUCUGAUUAUGCGCGGCGCUCACCUCACCGCCCAGGAAAUGCUCACAGCCUUUGCCUCCCACAUCCAGGCCAGGGCUACGGCGGGGAGCGAGGACAAGGCCGGCGCGAGUACCGGGCGCUGAUAGCGCAAAAUAGCCCAACAAGCAGGUUUUAGCUUGGGAUGGCUAGGAUACCCACCUGAGAAGAGCUUGAGAGACGUCAUCACUCGAAUCACCAUCUGGAGGGACACGGAGCGCCAAAAAAAAAAAAAAAAAA